CUGUUGUUAUUAGAACCCAGUCCUCGUGUUAUUGCCUUCGAUGACGUCAGUUCACAAUAUGAAGGGACAGAGCUUUACUUGUCUUUGUCUUGUUGUUUAGCUUUCCUGUCGUUGGGUCUCUUCUUCUACCAGGAAUUUGAUCAAAACUGGCUAUCCUCGUGGUCUCUAGCUACCCUGGCCUCGUCUGACGACGAACAGAAAGGUGGACUGUCUCCACCACCGCAAAAAAGGGUGCGCCUUUCCUUGGACCUUGAGUCCGAUAUGCACAAAUCGAAACGGACUUCUAGUGGAAGUGAUGGCGAAACUAGUACUUCUAACGGUGAAUGCAUAGCCAAUGGAGACAGCAAGAGCCAUCUAAAAAGGAAGAUUGUUCACAGAAACGACGAAGAUGUCGUUCGGUUAAUAGUACAACAUUUGCAAGGUUUAGGCUUGAAGUGAGUGAUGUGGAAAAGUCGAUCGAGUUCAAAGACGUUCAUUAACAUCUUCUCUUGCUGGUUUCCUGUUGCGUGUUGUUUAGAAAUGAUGUUUAUUUUAUUCUAUCCCUCAGCAAAUCAGUUGAGGUUCUCAUGCAGGAAUCAGGCUGUAGACUAGAACAUCCUUCAGCGGCAAAAUUUCGCGAGAGCGUGAUGGCCGGCGAUUGGGAAAGGGUUAGUUUAUAUGGCAUUCAAUUCAAUAUGCGAUUCUUUCGCUCGCUGUUAGGUGUCUUUUGCGGAUAAUGCCUCCUUCAACUGUCUUUAUGGGAGGUUCACUCUAUUUUAUUUCUCUGUUUGUAAGGCGGACGCUAUCCUUAAAGAGCUCAGACCAUUGGUUGAGAACAAAGAAGACAUCUCGGUUAGUAUUAUUCUAAAGCGUACAUAAAUACUUCAGGCGUUCAGCUUCUUCAAUGUAUGCUUGGCCUUGGCUUAUGAAGCCCUGUUCACAGUCGUCCUCUUGAAUAUUUUUUCGUGUUGAUAUGUCGCGAAUCGAGCAUUUACCUGUCAUAAGACAAGCGCAUUCUCGAGUAAACCACGUUUCCUUCAAUUUCCUUUUAACUUGUUACAUAAUAGUGUUUUGAACUUAGAGACUUUGUUGGGCAAAGAUUUUUGUAAAACAAGCUUGAUAUUCUUGUUGACUAUGUUCUAAAUGAUUUUUUUUCCAGAAAAUGAGGUUUUGCCUGAUGGAACAGAAGUUUUUAGAAUUCCUUGAAGAUGAUAGACCUAUAGAUGCUCUUCACUGUUUAAGAACAGAGCUUACACCUUUAAAGUGCAACAGAGAAAGGGUACACCAACUCAGUGGGUAAGUAGAUGUAACCAGAGAAGCUGGAGAGUAAAUUUACAUAUGGCUUCACCUUGGUUUUCAUAGUUUUCUCUGUGGUUUUAUCAGCUCUAUUGUUUACCUCAGUAUGGUAAUCAGUUGAAGAUUGAAAAUUAAUUUGUACUGUAUUUGGAAGGCCAAGGUAUGCCACUUCACUUGCUGAAAUGGUAGGGUUGAAAAAAACUUUUCUCUUAUUUUACAAUGUAGCUUAAAUCUAACAGCUGGCUCUCUAAGUUAAAUUUUCAUGCUUUAUUUUCAUUCUUAAUUUUUAUUCAAUGGAUUUCUUGUAAUUGACUUUCUUCAGCAAACUGCUUGUACCUUUUUUUUACUGUGGUCGUAGUGAUGUCAAAGGGUCAUGUGUUUCAUUCGUGUAUAUAUUACUUUUUUAAUGCUCAAAUAGCUAAGGUAUAUGCCAAUCUUAUAAAUAUAAUACUGAUAUUACAGCAUAAUUGAUGAAUGUUUGAAAAUAUUCAGGUUCAUGUGUGGAAAAAUUUUAUAUUUUCAAACAUUUAUUUAUUUAUUUCUAUAUUUAUUUAUGUAAACUGCAAUAAUGUUGCAUAUAAGAUACAUGACAUAAUGUUCUUAAAUACUUUUAAACUUGUUUGGCAAUCCAGAAAUUAAAUGCUCAGAAAUGUUUGGAUGUUCUAGAGACUUAAAAGCAGUACCCAGCAAUGUUCCGGAUAUUUAAGUACAUGUACACCAAUUACAGUCUUUUAUUUACUUUGUUAGUAGUGGGCAGCAAGGUUGAUCUAUGAAGACAAAAUUAAAAAAAACGUUUUUUGAUAGGAGGUGUAUUCAUUCUCAACAACAAAAAUGUAAUUACGGUAUUUCUUAUUAUUGAGAGGGAUUUCUUCAUAUUAUUUUGCAAAUUGAUAUCCCUUUUGUCAGCAAUUGCCAGGUAGAGAAAUUCUUAUAUUUCACUUGUGUUCACAAAGUAUAAUAAAAUUAUUCUUAUUAUGUGCUUGAUUGAUGUGUUAUUUAUCCAUAUCUGACAAUGUGAGAGGAGAUACUGGUUUUUCAUUAUUCAACUGUUAUUGAACCAGGUUAAUUAUGUGCACAAAUGAAGAGGACCUUCACAAGCGAGCUCAGUGGAAUGGCAAAGGAUCUCUGUCAAGACAAAAGCUAAUGGAUAGACUUCAAUGUGAGUGGACAUCAGUUUUGUAAAGAAAUUGAAACAGUUAUAAUGGUAACUUUAUAUAUUCCUAAACCCAUAUUAUGAGAAAUAGUUUCUUUCUAAACUAGCUGACUUUUUGACAAAGCCCAAUAAAAUAUUGAAAUAUUGUUGCAUGAGAAUACUGAGCAAAGAUGCUGACAGUUUUGCUCCUUUGCAUGCUACUAGAAUUACCUUGCGUGUUAUUACAAUCGAUCAUGUAGCGCACAGUGCUGUCAUUAAAGACUGCGGGAUGCGUAAUUUCCCCCAGCUACAACAAAUGUAACCUGUGGCUACUUUGUUUCAUAGAAAAAUAAAACCAAAAGAAAUCCUUAGCUGUUUGAUUCCCUGCCUACUUGUUGUAAUUACCCUUCACCUUGAAAUCUUAGUGACAGCCCUGAGCUCAUUGUGUGUAAGAGGACAUGAGAGGUUUUGAUUGAAUUUUGUGUACUGCCCAAAAAUGUCCUCCUGUCCAAACCUUGCUUGUUCAAAAGCUGCAUACAGAUUGUGUUAUCCAUCAGUGAAUGAGAUGUAGCUGGUAUAAUGCACUUGUGUAUGUAAUGAUCUACCUAUUGAAUGACAUAGUCCUGGUCUAGACUGCAAUGGUGCACACUGUCCACCAUAACUUCAUGUAUGUACAACACUAUCAUCUACGUCACAGAGUUUCCAACCCUGUCAACUGAAAAAAAGGGAGGUUUGUGGAGCGGCAUAGCUGCACCCACAAGUGCCAAAGGCGUAAGCCACUAGGGGUGUCCAGGGGCAUGCUCUCCCAAGAGAAAUUUUAACAUAGGUGCCUCUAAUAUGCCAUUUCCUGCAUUUUGAGAUCACAGUCAAGGAAAUCAUUGGAGUUUUUAACAGGCAGUGGGAGCUAAGGCCUAUUGGUCCCUAUCACAUCAGUGCAUUACCGUGCCCAAAAAUUAUCACAGGCUCAUGCUCGGAUGCCAAAAGGGUAAAAAUGGCUGAAAAACCACAUAAAAACAGAUAGGAAUUGUGCUAAAAAGACUGGUUAAACAACCUUUGGCUAGGAGGAGUUUCAAAAACUGGGUGAAUAUUUAGCGAAAAUGGGAGGUUUCCGGCUAAAACUGGAGGGUUGGAAUCUCUGACAUCCUAACUUUUCAAUGUUGAUUUGGCUUCUUCCUCCUGCCACCCUAUAAUAAUUCUUAGGUGGCAAGAAAAAGAGGAAGAAGAGCUUUAGUGUCUCCUGAUCUUAUUUUAGAUUAUCCCCUUGAUUUCCAACCAUGCUAGGCAAAUUGGAAGGAGUAAUGCAAUGUAGCAGUUUGGUGCUUGAUUCCAGGCCUUCAAAAUGAGAUCUGUGACAACCCGUCUUAGACUUGAUGCUUAGCCUAGACUAUGGUCCAUUGCUCGCAUUUUAUACAAGUGACAUUUCUCCCCUGCCUGGCUCUCCUGCAAAUCUUCUUGUUGUGCCUUAAUGGGAUAGAUAAUAGGCCAUUUCCAAGUUCCAAAAACUCCCACUUUCAAAACAAGGCUAAGUGCAAAACAUUUCUUGUGAAAACGAUUUUUUUUGCAUGACAAUAAGAAGUUACUAUUUUCAUAUCAAUGGCUUUGGACUUAGCCUCACUUUGAAACAAAGGCUUGGGCCAACUUGGAAAUGGCCUAAUUGUUGAAGGAGCCCUUUGGGAAUAAUUUAAGGUAAAGAAUUCUGAUUUUAUUCCAGCAGCUUGAAAUAGUCAUCCGAUUUUACCCUGCCCUCUCCAUCAGUGCUCUGUUUAUUUGAAGCUGCACAGAAAGGAGAGAAGUCAAAAGAAGGAUUUGAAUUUGAUAGUAAUGGAACUCUGGAACUCAUGUACAGAAGGUCACUCACUAACGAACUGUGCUACUGUAAUCCUUCCCCGCUUUUCCACUUUCCCAGUCCUAACUGUAAUUUUAAUUCACAGUCAUACGUAGCUGUUCUCAGUUAUUAUUUUCUUUUUUGUCAUCUUCUUUUCUUGUAGCAUUUUUACCAGCAUCUGUGAUGCUACCUCCACAUCGACUAAGAACGUUACUAAACCAAGCAGUUGAGCUGCAAAAAGAUAGAUGUCCAUAUCAUAAUACUAAACUUGAAGUUGGAAUGAAUUCGUUUUCCCUUCUGAGUGAUCAUCUUUGUACAAGGUAUGGAAAAAACAAAAAUCCCUAUGCUUAGCUUAGAACAGGUUUUUGUAUGUCACGCUGUGGUUUUAAACUUUUUUCAGCUGUAAAAAUUUUCAAAUGGUGAUAUUUUCUUUUUUUGUUUGAAUGACAAUAUUUGUUAUGACUGUUAUUUUCCUUUGCCUCAGUUCCAUUAGCAUAUAAUCAUCACAGACAAAAAGAAAAAUUAAAUGUUUGUUCAACUUUUUAAAAAGAAAAAAAGAUGAAGCACAGACACAUGCUUUCUGUUCUUGUGUGGCUUAUUGGAGUUAAUUUACCUUAACUUUAUGAAUAGAUUUGAUUGUAACUGUGUUACUUUUUUGCUCAGAGGUUCAUGCACGUAUUGCAACCUGUAUUGAUCAUCAUUGUCAACAUCAUCAGCCUCCCCACCAUCAUUGUUAUCAUCUUCACCUUGACCACCAUCAUGACAAUCCUCCUCCUUCUACUCCUCUUAUUCCUUUGCAUCCUCAUCCUCCUUAACAUCAUCGUCAUCAUGAUAGUCAUCGUCAUCUUUAUCUUCAUUAUCGUCGCCACCACCACCACCAUCAUGACAAUCCUCUUUCUUCUCUUCUCUUCUUUCUCUUCCACCUCCUUAUCAUCAUCAUCAUCAUCAUCAUUAUCAUCAUCAUCUUCAUAAUUUUUAUCAUCGCCACCACCAACACCAAUCAUAAUUUUAUUUACCCUAAUCGCUUAGGAUAAUAAUAAGUUUUACUUCUUGUUUUCGUCAUUAGCAGGCUGAUGUUUGUUUCGUUAUUGGCCUUCUUUCUAUGUUUCUCUUUAGGAAUGACUUCCCUUGUGAAACCAAAUACACAUUAACAGAACACUGUGAUGAGGUAAUAAACGCUGUGAUGUAAAAAUAAUGAAAAACCUUACUUGAACAGAAUGAGAGAUUUUUGAAGAAGUUCAUUGUGCUAACUACUACUCUGCCACUUUUUUGGACCUUAAAUAUUGACUGAUUAUUGUUUGCCUUCUCAGGUCUGGUUUCUUAGGUUUUCUCACAAUGGAUCUAAGCUUGCUACUGGAUCUCGAGAUGGUACAGUCAUAAUCUGGGAUGUUUCAGUAAGCAGUCUGUUAUUGAUUAUCUUUUGCCCAUUGUACAGUAUAUGUAGGCCAUAGCAGUGUCUAAGGGUAUUGGUAGGGUUAAGAACAAACAAACAAAGUAGAAAAACAAAGCAAUGAAGUAAGAUAUACCUGAAAAAAGUGCAAUUGCCUACAUGUAAGUAACUCCGCUUCAACUUACUGCGAUUUUGCCACUUUCAAGCACAUGAAGGCCAUUACUUGACUGCCGAGCAUACUCUUACAUGUACAUGUAUAUUCAUGGGAAAGGGCUUUUUUCUAUUGAUUUUUGUGAAAUUUGCUCGCAUGUCGUUACCUGUAUCCCAGUUCAGUGAAGUCACUGUAUACAAUGUUCAUUGUAUCUUGUGCAGAAUGGUGAACCCUCACAUCUUAGAACAAUGGAAGGCCAUUCAUUUGGGGUUGGUCAUUUAGCCUGGAGUCCAGAUGAUACUUACCUUAUUGCCUGUGGUCCUGAAGACUGUUCUGAAUUAUGGAUUUGGAAUACAGAAGUAAGUCAUAUGUACAUGUAGUCAUGUCUGUUAUCAUGAGAAUGGUAGCAUAUAUAUGUUGUAGCUAAAAUCAAUUUUAAGUAAAAUCAGUAUUCAACCUACACAGUAGUUUGGUUCAGAAUUUCCUGAGUUUGUCAGACUUAAUUAUGCACAGGAAACAAAGGAAAUUCUGGUUUAACCUGGGAAGAGAUUUUACCUACAACAUAGUUAAUAUACACCUCUUUCCUUAAUGGUGGAACAUGUAAUAUUUCCUUUCUGUUAUCUUUGCCUUUAGUGCAUCUUUAGAUUUCAAAAAAACCUUCAAGUAUAGAAUUCUUCAUGGAAAGUGUAUGCAUACCAUAUUUACACAUGAGUUGUUGACAAUUCAGAAAUCAAAUGAGUGAGCACCACGGACGAGUGUGUAAAUACCCUACAAAGCACUUUCCAUGUGUUAUUUGUUUAUUAUUUACAUGUUGAGACAUUCAUCAUUUUGCCAGCCUUUUAUUUAAAAUCUUUCCAAAAUCUAAAAAUGUCAAAAUAUGCCGCUACACACCAUGAAAUCACAAAGAAAACGAAGUAUAUUUGUAUUAAAAAACGCUUGCUAAAAAUUGUAGUGAGGGUAAGGAUAUGCAGUAAUAAACAAAUUACGAGUAAUAAUUAUUAACUUUUUUUCUGACUGUACCAAUAAAAAUGAAUGAUUUUGAGUAAAAUGACUGGUUUGAAUCUAAACAGAAGCAUAUAGCUGAAGUUGAACUCUAAUAGAAAGUACAAGUACAAGCUUACGUCUGGGAAACAAGCACAGAAAUUCCGUAGUGAUGAUGUGUCACUACCUGAUCUGGCUUGUGGUUCUGAUUGGUCUUGCUGUGUGGGAAAUUUGCUUCAACCAAUCAGAGUCACUACCCAGACCUGGGUAGUGAUGUUUCAUCAGCAUGGAAUUUCUGCACUUGUUUCUCAGACCUCACCAGUGGUGGUGUCACAAAAUGUCGGCCGUUUUCUCAGGCCAUUGAACUGUUAGUGUCAAUCAUUAUGCCUUGUUUAAUACAUUGCAUUUACCUGUUUGUGGAGAAUUUGUGGUUAAAGUGGAUUUGUCUGCUUAUGUUUAAAGACAGGAGAGCUGAAAUGUAGAAUGAGUCAGUCGACAGAUGAUAGUCUCACAUGUUGCGCCUGGAAUCCUGAUAGCAAGAGGUUUUACACUGGUGGGAAAAGGGGGCAGUUUUACCAAUGUGUAAGUGGUAGUUCUUUCCUUAAUUUCAUUUUUUUUUUUAAUAUCUGAAAUUUUAUUUAGCAUAAACUACUAAUGCAACAGUGAUAUAAUUGCUGCAUAGUCCGAAGCAGUAAUGAUUUAAAAUAAUAAUUUAUCUAAUUUUUGCAUGUCAAGUGCUUUUUCAA